ACCAACACUAGCAACCCCAACAACAACAGUAUGCCAUUGGAACUGCACCUCCUGAUGCUAGCAGCUACAAUUACAGCCAGUCUGUUACUCAUGCUUCAAAAGGGUAUGGUGAUUCUACGUACUCUCAGCAGAGUGGCGGGCAGCAAGCGUAUGAUUACUCUGGUUAUCAGACGCAAGGGCUGUCUUACUCACAGCGGCCUGGAUAUGAUUAGUAGAACUAUGGGGCAUCUGGCUAUGGGGCAUCAGCUGCUAACCCAACUCAGGAUGGUGGUACUGCACCGAGCUAUGGUGGUCCAGGUGGCACUGGUCAAGCAACUUCAGGGCAGCAAGCUUCAACUCCUGCCACCUAUACUACUGCUGCUGCAUCAAGCUACAUGGCGCAAGGUUCUGCCCCCUCAAUCUGGAUACACUGCUCCACACAGCCUGACUAUGAUAUGCAGCCACCACCACAGGCCACGUAUGGCCCGGGUGCUUAUGGGUAGCCUCCACAUGCUCAGAAGCCACCUUCAUCUGUUCCGUAUGGACAGGCACCGCCUACUCAGGCUGGUUAUGGGCAGUAUGGAUACAGUCAGCCAGGCUAUGGUGCACCACCGCCUUCCCCUGGUGCACCCACUGCUAGCUAGGCAGGCUAUGGCCAGUAGCAGUCAUACUGUGAUCAUUAUGCUACUGGUAGUUAUGGACUGCCAACAAUGUAUUCUACCGAAGUUACACCACCUGCUGCGUCCCAGGAUCAAUCCACCGCCGGUCCUACGCCUU